UCCUAGGAACAAAAAUAUAUUUUUUAUAAGCUCUGCAGCUGCAAAGGCAGUGCAAAAACUUAUAUUGAUAGGCUCUACGACUGCAAGAGCAGUGCAAGGAUCUAAUAUUCUAAUCCAAAAGUUUAAGAUUCGUAAAAAGCAG